UAAACAUCUAUAACAGCAACCGUGUCAGACGAGCUUGUUUUUAUUUUCUCGAAUGAACGGUGAAUAAUCUGCUUAGAUGGAGUUGUUUUAUAGCUUGAUCUUAUUCGCGAUGUCUUUCGAUGCAGCUUGGUGUUUCGUUCACGUCACUGCUUCUUCUUCGUGGCCGGCGGGUUCGUAUGCUCUACCGAUGGCAAACUCGGGAUGUCCCAAUAGCAGCGGAUUUACGUGGCAUACAGGACACCGAACUGAGGAAUUAGAAAACGAUGGCAAUAGAAACGCACAUUCAACGAGCAUUCACUUAAAAGCUAAGGUAGGAAAGCCAGACAUAACGCAACACUUCUGCGUGAAAAACUCCACAGCAACCGAUAAAGGAAAGCCUAAGUGGCCCAACGGAAAAUACUGUAUUUACAAAGAGGGCGCCUUCUGUCCUCAGGAAUUUUACGAAGGCUUCGUUCGUUGGGAUGACAACAACGAAAAAAACGGAUCCAAUCGAAAUAACAAAGAAGGAAAACUUCCCGCAGGAGUUUACAACCAGGACACUUUGAUAUAUUUUUGUUGUAAGACAACAGGGUCUGCUAUCAAAAGAAUAGCACUGCCGGUCAUUAAGCCUUUUUAUCUCAUGGCGUUUGGGUCCACAACUUGUCAAGAAGUCCAGGGUGCUGUGUAUUCGCUUGAAUAUGUGGUCUUUGAUACCGAAAAUACAGACAACAUGGACAACAGGGUUUAUCCUUUUCCCUAUGGAGCUGAUCGUAAGGAACCCACGAUUCACUAUUGUUACUACAGAGAAUGCAAAUGGAACUUAAAUCAGGCAAGCGGAGAGUUUUCCUCACCAUAUUUCCCAAGCAAUUACCACAACUUUCAAGACUGUCAGUGGAACAUUACUGCCCCCAGAGAUCACGUGAUAAGACUACAGUUUGGAGUCUUCGAACUCGAAUCCAAUCCUUCCUCGUGCGGAAACAACCGCUGCGGCUGCGAUUAUGUAGAUAUACAACAAGAGUCACUGAAAGGUGACUUGACAACGCUUGGAAGAUAUUGUGCAACGAUUUCAUCUCUGCCAAUCAUACAGUCAUCGACCAAUAAAAUGAUAGUUACGUUUCAUUCAGAUCACGUUAUAACAGCCAAAGGUUUCAACGCAUCCUAUAUGACAGUCCCGAAAUUAGCAGAAAUGACAUCCACAGCUUUAACGGAAACGUCUUCACCAAUGUACAAUACUUCAGAACCAACUUCUCCGAGAGUGAAAACAACUCAACAGUCAACUUCGGCGGCUAUAGAAAGCAAUAGUUCCUCAUCAAACACUGCACCAUCAACAAUGGAAGCUACUGAAACAGCUCAUAGUACGACCACUGAAAAUACUCGAGCAACACUGAAAGAAAGGCGAAUAUCUACUUCACAAGUUCCAGCAAGCACUGAGGCUGAAUGGAAGUCAACUGGAAGUAUUCAUGAUGUUAAAUCGUACAGGAACGAAGAAAUGCUGUCUCGUAAAGUCAUGGGCGUAUCGCUGAAAUACGUAAUUAUCGCGAGCAGCUCUUUUGUUGUAGUGGUCUUUGUCAGUUUUCUUCUGGUUUGCCAGCUUUGCAAAAGAAGGCAUCGUUUUCGUAAGAGGCGCAACCAUUCCCAUGAAAUAGUAAGAUACAACAGUGUUAAAGAAUCAAGCAUAUCCAGCACUCCACUGUCACCCAUCAAUAUGUACGGAGACAGUGGUGAAAUGGAGGAACUGUUCUUCGAAGAUAAGCAAAGCGAUGACAACCGACUUAAUUCAGAAAAAGGCCACCUGACUGAGAACCCUUUAUAUGAAGGUAACCAAUAUUCAAGUCACAAGGAUCCAAGGACAGAAAAUCGGCGUUAUGAACAGUUGUUAUAGGGACGGGCCUGAAGUGAACAAUAAGACUUGGCUAAAGACAUAUGUGACAAUUUCUAAUUCACAUAAGAAAGCUGGAUAGCUGGAUAACCUUCUUAGAUAACAGGAAAGUUUACCUGUUUAGGCAGACAGAGUUAUGUCUUGCUAAUACUCCACGCUGCCACAGGAUUUUAACAGUAAAUAAAAAAAUUUGAAUCUU